UCAAUCCUGAAAUCCAUCACGCGAUUAUCAGCCGCGGCCAAUUGGACAAAGUACCUGUAAAGCAAACGGCUAUCUAUACCAGCAAUCCUUGACUUGAACCCCCCUCGGCCUCACUCCGGCUGGAGCAGGCAUCAAGUCAUGUUGCCCCGCCGCCUGCUAUCUAUCGCGUGGGAGCUGGAGAGAUCCCCCAGGUUAAACCGUCACCUUGGUUCAUCCAUUACAUAAAGGAAACUCUACCCCGUGUUUUCCCUCCUACCCUACUAGGCAUUUUUUGCUCAUCCUCUUUCUCUACCAACGCCUUCCUUCCUCUUUGUGCCUUAUUGCAUAUAAUCCGGGCGCGACUUACUUCUUUCUCAAGGGGAGCCCUACUGCUGGGUUAAGCUUGGUCCUUAUUAAUAUCACCAUUAUUAUUGACCCCCUCUUAUUUAAUUUGCACCACCUCCGCUCCUUUUUAGCCUUCGCGGCCCCAAACCUUUUCUGAUUAUUUCGCAAAAACCUUAAAUACAUCUAUCUAUCUAGCAACAUAGGUUUCUACUACGUACAAACUUAUUUAAGGAGGAAAGAUCUACCCUCAAGUUAUAUCAACACCUACCUUACCUAGAUAUAAAGCACAAGAACUUUCACCCAAACAGCACAAAGAGAAUGGACAAGACGGAACUGGGCGCCGCCGGCGUCCACCCGGUCGCUUCCGAUGCGGCCGGCAGCCAGGAAAAGGUCACAAUCCAGGAUGAGAUCAAGCGCGACGACGACUGGUACACCCGUAAUGGGCUCAACCUCAAGUCCUUCCAGCGGCGUGAGGAGGAUAGCGGCACUGGCACCGCCGAGUUGGACCGCUCCAUGAAGGGUCGCCACCUGCACAUGAUUGCCAUAGGUGGUUCUAUCGGUGCUGGUUUCUUCGUCGGUUCUGGAGGCGCCCUCCGCAGUGGUGGCCCUGGUUCUCUCCUCAUCAACUUCCUCAUCAUCGGUGUGAUGAUGUUUAACGUCGUCUACGCCCUUGGUGAACUCGCCAUUAUGUACCCUGUCUCUGGUGGUUUCUACACGUACUCUGCUCGCUUCAUCGACCCGUCCUGGGGUUUCGCCAUGGGUUGGAACUACGUUUUCCAGUGGGCAGUCGUUCUGCCUCUGGAACUGACAGUCUGCGGUAUCACCAUCUCGUACUGGAACGACACUGUCAGCGUCGGCGUGUGGAUAACGGUGUUCUGGGUUGCCAUCCUCAUCAUCAACAUCUUUGGUACGCUUGGUUACGCCGAGGAGGAGUUCGCAUCAUCGGCCUUCAAGUUGCUCGCCACCUGCAUCUUCCUCGUCAUCGCCUUCGUUCUCGUCCUCGGUGGUGGUCCCAAGGAUGGUCGCUACGGCGAGUACUGGGGCGCCCGUCUUUGGUCUGACCCUGGCCCAUUCCAGAACGGAUUCCGUGGCUUCUGUAGUGUGUUUGUCACGGCUGCUUUCGCUUUCAGCGGAACUGAGCUGGUUGGUUUGGCCGCUGCCGAGGCGCGCAACCCGGUCAAGGAGAUGCCUGGUGCUAUCAAGCAGGUCUUCUGGCGUAUCACACUCUUUUACGUCCUGGGUCUCUUCUUCGUCGGUCUCCUCAUCGACCCUCGUGACCCUAACCUUCUUGGGUCUUCAUCCCACGACGUGCACGCCUCGCCCUUUGUCCUCGUGGGCAAGUACGCCGGCCUCAAAGGAUUUGAUCACUUCAUGAACAUUACCAUUCUCGUGUCGGUUCUUUCCAUUGGUGUGUCGGCCGUCUACGGCGGCUCCCGUACCCUCACCGCCCUCUCUCAACAGGGCUACGCCCCCAAGAUCUUUUCCUACAUCGACCGCUCCGGCCGUCCCCUUUACUCUGUGGGAAUCAUCAUCGCCUUUGGUCUGCUCGCCUACAUCAACCUUAACGCGCAAGGCGAGGUUGUGUUCGACUGGCUUCUCUCCCUGUCCUCGCUGGCCGCUCUUUUCACUUGGGGUUCCAUCUGCCUCGCGCACAUUCGCUUCCGCAAGGCUUGGGCCCUCAACGGCCACACCACCGAUGAGAUCCCCUUCAAGGCCAUUGGCGGCGUCUGGGGAUCUUACCUCGGACUGAUUCUUAACAUUCUCGUCCUUGCAGCUCAGAUCUAUUCUGCCAUUGCGCCUGUCCCCGACCCCGGCGAGGCACCUACGUUCGCCGACGCCGAGGGAUUCUUCAGCGCCAUGCUUGCUCUCCCUAUCGUCAUCCUGUUCUGGAUCAUCGGCUACGCGUGGAAGCGUACGGGCUGGCUCAGGACGGACCAGAUCGACGUCGACUCGGGACGCCGUGAGCUGCCGUGGGAUGAGAUUAACGCCUACCGUGCCGAGCUCGCGGCCAUGCCGGCGUGGAAGCGCCUCAUUCACACCGUUUUCGUCUAAGACUGCUCCUGAUAUGGGGUCAGUUGAGGAUGAAUAGAACGGGGGGUGAGCGUGGUGGAGGACAUAGAAUUAAAAAAAAAAAGGAUUGAGCCCUGUUUGCGGCAUUUGUAGAGUGUGUUGGUGGGAGGUUUCUUUUGGGGUAAUAUCCUUUGUAGAUAUCCAUUUAAUGAAUUAUUACCCUGUUGUAUCAACGCCCUGUGCCUCUAAAGUGUCAGUUUUUCAGGGUCUUUUAGGGUCACUUGAAGACUGAACAAAUCUUCUUCCCCAGCACUUAUGCACAAACCCAUCAAAAGCUCUCGCUUAAUCCUCCUUGGGAGGGUAAAUCUCAACAGUCCGUACAACCUCCCUUCGCAGGACGCAAUCACGUACGUCGGCAUCAAAUCCCGCCACCGUCAACCCUCCCCGGUCUCCAUCACCGCCAUCCGCAUCACCCGCACGGAAAACCACAAACUCGCCCGCCGAGCCUCCACUCUCGUCUAGCCCAUCCAACCUCCAACCGCCUCCAACCCGGUCGCUCCCGUGCGCCGCGAGUAGCCGCCCCCACGCCUCAUCCACGACCGUCCUCCGCGAUAUCCCCUCGCGCACGAUAUACCUCACAAUCUCCACCUCCCUGCCCGCACCACGCGUCAUAUGCGAGACGUCGGCGUCAAAGUGCAGAAACAAGCCGCCCAGCUCGAACAGCCCCGCGCCCUCGCGCAGCAGGCCCUGGUUGCCCGCCGAAGGGAUGAAGCCGUCCAUGUGCUCGGCGACGGUGGCCCACUGGCCGACGAGGUAGAUGGCGUGCGGGUCGUCGAUGGACUGCAGGUAGCGUACUGUUCCUGGGCGGCGGGUCCAGGUUUCUGUCACGGUUCGGACGCGUUGGAGAAAGUUGGCGGCGGUGGAGGAUGUGGGUUUGGGGGUUAAGGUUAGGAGGGCGAGUUCGGUGAUGGUGGGCAUUGCUGUAGUGUGAUGCGGCUGAUUCGGAGUGCGCUUCCUGUGGGGGUGGUUGAGUUUGAAGGUUCGGAGUUAUGGAAGAGAGCAACAGAAGGGAGCACAGCGAAAUUGCAUCAGAAAUCUGGUGUUGCUGUGCUGAGUGUGGGAAUGAAAUGUGUUGAAGCCAAGCAAGCAGUGAGCUCAGUUGAUAGCUGGGAGUGAAG